UCUGCUUCGAGCCUCGCUCUUGAGUAAGGCCCCACCGCUGUGGUCAGCAUGGGAGCGUCUGGGGUGGACGAUAGGCGACUACUUCAUGUCGUUGGUGGUCUUUGUUACCAUUUCCAUCACUUGGUGGCGGGGCGCCUGGAACCUCCUCGACUACUACGUCUUCCCUACCCACCGGGCCCUCCGCGCUCUUGUGCUGACCCUCGCGGGCAUGACUUUUAACGUCCUGGGCUUUCUCUGCUACCCCUCCCUGCUGCGGUGGUCGCGUCGGAUUACCUGCCGUCGAGAAAGCUACGUGUUCGGGACGGUCAAGCGCCUGGUGUUGCUGCUGCGCAUGCUUGCCUCGGUGGCGCACUGGACAGGGGUCUGGGACGCCGUGGACGGGGCUUUCUGUGGAGAGGAGGCGACCAGCGACUGCAGCUUCGACUACAGCAGCUUGGGCACCAUCACGUGC